AUGAGCAAGUUCAAGGAGGAGUUCCCGGCGGUCCCGCUCGACUCGCCCCUUGGGUCCGUCAAGGAGGAUGUCAUGGACAAGGACAAGCCGGAUCCGAUCGAGCUUGUUCCGCUGGAUCCGGAGGCGGCUGUGGUGGAGGAGCACCCGAGGUUGUCUACGCCGAGGAUCGUAGCGCUGGCGGCGGGGAUGAUGAUGACGUUCUUUGUUGGCUCCGCUUCCACUGCUUCGGUGAUCUUGCUCAUCCCAAGCAUGGCGCGAGACCUGAGGGAAACGGAACUUCAGACCCAGUGGAUCUCAUCUGCCUACACCCUCGCAUUCGCAUGCGGUCUGCUAUUCGCAGGUAGGCUAGCAGAUAUCUUCGGACGGAGAAGACUGUACAUGUUCGGCGUGACAAUCUACACUAUAUUUUCCAUCAUCACUGGAUCUGUCAAGAAUCGGAUAGCGAUGUGCGUCACGCGAGCGAUCUCAGGACUAGGGAUGUCAAUAGCCCUUCCUGCUGGCUUUGGGAUCGUCGGUACCAACAUCAAGCAUGAACCAGCGCGGACCAUCGUCUUUGCUACAUUUGGCCUCGGCAACCCUAUCGGAGCGGCAUCAGGCAGUCUACUCGGAGGCGGUAUGGCCAGCAUAGGUGCUGGAGCUUGGCAGUAUCUCUUCUACCUCCUCGCUGGGAUCGUCACCCUCCUCGGCGUCGCAUCAUACUUUAUCAUCCCGCCAGAUAGGCCCAAUCCGACUGCGGACCGCCGUAUCGACUGGCUCGGAGGGGCCUUGGUCACCGCCGGAGUCUUCCUCUUCACAUUCAGUCUGACCGAGUCUGGACAUGCGGUAAAUAGCUGGAGAACACCUUACGUACCCGCCUUGCUUGCCACUUCGAUUGUUCUCCUCGUGCUGUUCGUGCUGUGGUCCAGGUAUCUCGAAAACCACACCGACCGGCCGCCGGUCAUGAAGAUGUCUCUCUUCUCUCGGCGACAUGGGCUCGUCAGCAUCAUCUGUAUUACCAGUACCUGCCAAUCUACCGCGGUGUCUUCCUGGGUAUAUACCACGACCAUCUUCUACCAGAAGUACAAGGGACAAUCGCCAUUCCAGAACUCGAUAUCCAUUCUUACGACCACAAUUAUGGGCGUUGUCGCAGCUCUCGGUGUAAUGCUUCUUGCGCCCAGAGUGCACGCCAGGAUCUUAUUGCCGUCCACAGCGGUGCUCACUGCCUCGACCAUGAUUGCUUAUGCAAACUGGCCAGAAGGUCUGACUUUCUGGGCGUUGGAGUUUCCCUCUCAGAUUCUGACUCCGUGGGGGAUCGACUUUACCUUCGGCCUGGGCAACAUCAUGAUGUCCAACCUGAUCAAUCAAAACGAGCAAUCAGUAGGCGGUGCUCUCUUUCAGACCUCGGCGCAGGUCGGCCUCGCGCUCGGUAUCUGCCUCGCCUCGCUCAUUAACUCGCAAGUCGAGGAACAAACGGGAAAUGUAUUGAAAGGUUGUCGUGCAGGAUUCUGGUUCGGAUCAGCUAUGGGUAUCUCAGUGGUUAUAAUAGGGGCUAUAGGGUUUAGGAAGGUCAAGCUGGCCAAGGAUGUGGGGAAGUUGCCAUGA